GUUAAUGUGUGGCCAUAAAGCAAAAAUUAUAAGAUAUACCGACAUUAGACAUACCGGUUUGUUAGUUCUUUGUCGGUCCACGAAACGUGCACGUGUAUAAGAGCAAGAAAUACUUUUUUCAUUCCUCAAUUCCGCUGAGUCGAUGGCAUGGUAUAUCGUCACGGGUCUCGUUAGCAAAUUCGAUGAUGGCGCCUACGGUUAGCGUCAUCGAUCCCGAAAUCUCGUUAUGUUUCUCGAUAUGAUAUCGCCGAAUACGAAAAAGGCGGCCGCAUCGCUACGAGACCGGAAUUGACGUUAAAACUACAAGUCCCAUAUAUCAACGGAUAUAUACGGACAAAAAAAUUACUACAUCUUUGACAAAACUACGGACUAAAAAGAAGAAGAAGAAGAAGAAUUGGUCGACGAAACUAUUGCAAGGAGCAAUUUGCAAUGACAAUUAAGUUUGCACUAAAUUCGAUUUAUUAUCGAUGGUAAAAUGAAGCCGAAUACCGAAAUAACAUUUUGGAUAACGUGGCUCUUAUACGUUGCCAUACCGAUAGAAACUGCAAAGAUCUUGGCGAUUAUUGCAAUACCAUCCUACAGUCAUCAAAUUCCUUAUCGACCAUUAUGGACCACAUUGAGCCGAAGGGGACACGAAAUCGUCCUUUUAACAACGGAUCCGAUCAAUGAUCCCAGUUUGACCAAUUUGACUGAAAUCAACUUCGAAUUUAACUACAAGCUAAUAAGAAAAAUAAAUUUCGUCAAAAACGUAGGAGCCCAAACGUGGCUAAAUUCAGUACGCACACAAGUGUGGUCUAUGAGUCGAGAAGUAGCAGAAAACAUUUAUAAGCAUCCGGAAGUACAUCAGCUAUAUGCACCGGAUAGUGAUCGAAAAUUCGACGUAGUAAUUGCUGAAACUAUAAAGACACCUAGUUUGUAUGCCUUGGCACACAGAUUUAAUGCACCUCUUAUAGGCGUGUCAACGUUUGGAUUGUAUAAUAAUAAUUAUUAUCUACUCGGUGCACCUGUUCUGUCAUCACAUCCUUCGGCAUGGGAAAUGGAGGAUGACACCGGUUUCAAUCUGUCAUUAUGGCAGAGAAUAAAGAAUUUUGUUCGUCAAUGGUAUCACAUAUAUUGCGUAUUAAAUCAUUUUUACCCUGAGCAGCAAGCGAUAGCAGAAAAAUAUCUCGGAAAAAAUAUACCGGACAUAAGCGACAUGGAAAGAAACAUAAGUUUUGCUUUCUACAAUCAGCAAGAAGCUAUCUCGUUUGUUAGACCGAGAACAUCAAAUGUUUUAGCAUUUGGAAAUUUUCAUAUUUCCAAAACACCCGCUACUUUACCGGAAGAUUUGAAGAAAUUUAUAACAGACGCACCAAAUGGAUGUAUUUAUGUGAGUUUAGGCACAAAUGUCAUGAUAUCAUCACUGCCAGAACAUGUGCAAAACAUAUUUCGAGAUGUAUUUAUAAGUUUGCCAUACAAAAUUCUGUGGAAACAUGACAGUGAAUUACCAAAUAAACCAGACAAUAUUUAUACCGCUAAAUGGUUUCCUCAACAGAGCAUUCUCGCUCAUCCAAACAUUAGAUUAUUCAUAUACCAAGGUGGGCUUCAAAGCACGGAAGAAGCUGUUUAUUAUACAGUACCACUCUUAGGACUACCAGUAUUAGCCGACCAGUAUGCUCAAAUCAACAAAAUGGUAUCUUUAGGAGUUGCAAAACGUUUAAAUCUUAUGGAUCUAUCGAGAGAAAGCCUGAACGCAUCUAUAAUGGAAAUUUUGAGUGAUAAAAGAUACAAGAAAAGAAUGCUCAAAGUUAAAAUGCUAAAUGAAGAUAAACCUUACGACGUUUUGGAACAUGUAAUUUGGUGGAUUGAAUUCGUCAUUCGUCAUAAGGGUGCUCCUCAUCUGCGCACCAAUAUUGCUCAUGAGCCUUGGUACCAAAGAUAUGACAUGGACAUUAUAGCAAUUUUAUCAAUUGUCAUAUUUGUAACGUUACUUUGCACACUAGUAAUUAUUUAUAAAUUAUUAAAAAUUAUAUCUAAUUUUACGAAAAUAUCAGUAGUCAAGAAGAAAAUUAAUUAACUCUUGAUAUGCAUAGCAUAAUUAUAUUGUAUUGAUAGAAAAAUUGAUAAAAACUAUAUUGAAAAUACAGUCUAUAAACUUCAUAGAAACAUUAAAAAUGCGAGGAGAUCUAUAAUAUAUUAUUAUUCACCACGUUGAGUAACGUUCCGUAAUUGCCGCAAUCGGAUCGCGCAGUUUUAAAUUUAUAUCGCUGUCAUCAAUAAUUGUUCGUUGAAACGUAAUUCAUGCCUGCUAAAUAAUUACAUUGUCGUAGUGGAAAGUACCUGCCUGUCUGGUUUUCAUGUAAUAAUGCGUAGGACAGUUAUAAUGGAAGCGAUGUAAAUGCAUAAUUAAAGACAGCGGGUUGUAAUAAAUUUUUAAAUGGAAUAUGUUUUGUGUACAAAGGGUUAUUACGCAAUAGUUUAAUUCAAUACAAAUAAUACAUAAAAUAUAUUCUUCUCUCUUUCUCUCUCUUUUCUGCUAUUAAUUUAAAAAUUCCAUUAAGCAAUUAUAUUUAAAACCAAAUUGCAUUUCUUUACAAUAAAAAUUUUCUUUUAUUAUGAUUUAUCAUAAUGUAUUUGACUACCUGCAAAUAUGUGGCAAAUAUUUUUUAAUAAGCACACAAAGCGCACAUUAUGAUACAUUAAUUGUAUCCUAUAUGCUGUAAUGUUAGAUAAAUAAAAAUGUUAUACAGUAAA